GAUAGUCAGAGAGAAAGCAGGGAGACCCACGUGUUUUGUCGGCAGCGGAGUUGCAGCCUUCUCACGGACUCCUAAUCGGAGCAGUAAAUUUGUUGAACGCGGCUAAAUGCCCGAGAGAGACUCAAGGAGUGCGCCGAUGGUGCGCGCGAGACGGAGUGCUUCCGUGGAUGAUGCCGUUCCCAGCUCAGAGUUCACGAUGGCGCAGGAGGAAUGUGACAGCCUCACUCGGCACUCAGGUGUCCUUGACACGGGCGGACGGUGUGCGUUCAAGUUCGGGAUCGGGGGCUGGCGGAAAAGCUGCCUCCACCUUGUGCUUUUGCUCCUGCUCGCCGUCCUGGUGUUGAACUUUGCUCUGACCAUCUGGAUCUUUAGAGUGAUCCACCUCAACACAGAGGGUAUGGGGCUUCUGAAAGUGACAUCACAGGGGGUGAGUCUCCAAGGAGUGUCAGAACUCCUCUCCUCCAUCUACGCCCAGGAAAUUCACUCCAGAGAGGACACCCCACUUCACGUGCACUCGUCCCAAAAUGUGACACUCAGUGCCCGUGAUGGAAAAGGGGGGGCAAUGGGUAGCCUUACUGUGGCUCCACGGAUGGUGAAGGCCUACGCUGAGUUCCUCCAGGUGAAGUCGGACAAGGGCAAGUUGAUUCUCUCUGCAGAUGACAGUCGGGUGGCGGUGGGGGCAGAGAAACUUCGAGUCACAGGGCCUGAUGGUGCUCUGUUUGAGCACUCGAUAGAGACACCUCUGAUUAGAUCAGCAAACUUUGAGGAUUUACGGUUGGAGUCUCCCACUCGUUCCCUGAGCAUGGACGCUCCUAAAGGAGUCAGCGUCCACGCUGUGGCAGGAGGUGCGGAGGCCGUGUCCAACAUGGACAUCGUGCUGCUCUCCAGGGACGGAAUGCUGGUGCUGGAUGCUGGGACCGUGCGACUGCCCAAACUUCCCCUGGGCACCGGGGGGAAAAGAGGAGCCACCCGGGGACUGUACGAAGUCUGCAUGUGUCCCGACGGAAGGCUGUACGCGUCUGCAGCCGGCGCGGGCUCCACGUGCCACGAGAACAGCCAGGACUGUUAGCGGAUGACGGAACCGACAGAACAUCCUGAAGCUGCGGAAUUAUCAACAUAUUUGUCGCAAUAUUGCAACUAUAUUGUUCAGAGACAUACCAAAAAAAAAAAAAAAAAAAUCUCAACAGCAAGACUGGACUUCGAAUGGUACCAAUAAAAUGUGCGGUAGGCAUAGCCUACGUCCAAAAACGA